AGUUUGAUAAUUUAAAACUUCACUAAUCAAUAACGCUAGUUAGUUAAACAGUGUAAUUAUAUAUAUCUACAUAUUUACAACAAAGAAAUAGAAUAAAGUCAUACACUCGAAAUAUUUAUUAUUCUUACCUGUAAAAACAACACCAAUGGAUACAGACACAAAAUUAAAAAACAUCCAAUUGUAUAGACCACCACCAGGGUAUACAUUAAGUAGAACAAAACUAUUUCGAUUACAAAGUGUUGAUACAUCUAUGAAACAAUCAAAUAAAUCAAUUAAUAUAGAACAGAUUGAUAUUAAUGAAUUGUCCAACAUUAUUAAUAUGAAUCAAUUAAAAAUUUUACAAAUUAGACAAACAAUUAUGAAUGAAUUUAUAUCUAAACUAUUAAAAUCUAUGAAACAAUUAAAAAGAAAUUCACAAACAUAAAAAGGAAUCAAUUAUGGUAAAUAAUCAAAAUUAAUUAAAAUAUUACAAAUUUCAUUGAGACAAAAAAUAUAAUUUAUAAGUUAUAAAUUGAUAUAAUACAAAAUGAAUUGAUCCCAUUAAAUCAUAAAUGGAAAUCCCUAAAACUGUAUCCUGCUAAAAUCUACAUCAUUAUAAAAGUAUUAUAGUCAAUUUUUAAAAAGAAAAGAUUUAGAAUAUAAAAUAAAUCAAAUUGAAUAUUGUUUUACAAAAUCACAAUUAGAAAAUUAGAAAAAGGUUAAAGUUCAUAAAGAAAAUUAAUAAAAUAAAUUAAAUGAUGUAAGUUAUCAUAAUACACCUUUCACAAUGUGUAUUAAAACAAGUUGAAAUUUUGUUAUGAAUUAUAACACAAGAAUAUUAAUUUUUAGCUGGUUAGCGUUUUUUUUAGCGAGUUAGUUUCCUACGUGAUGAUGUCGCUAACCCCAUGCCCAACCCCUCUCCUAUAUCCCGGCAUGGGAUCGACAGCAAUUCUAGAAGAGUUACAGGCGGAGUUAACACAAGAAUAUGAAAAACUUAAUUUUAACAAUAGACAACUAUCUAAAGAAAUAGAUAAUAGAUAUCAAGAAGUAAAAAAGUACAAAUUUAAGAAUAAAGCAAUUAAUAUAUUAAAACAAGAAUUAAUACAAAAUCAAGUCAAAUAAAUAAUAUAAUUAAAUAAUAUAUUUGUAAUAUAUUCAAACAUAGAUUAAUUUUGAUUUGAUUAUUUAUUAAUUUUCUGAAGAAGUGGCUAAUCCUAAGUCACGAAACGUCAGAAAAUCUAUAUGUACUUAUUUAUAAAAAAUUUAUCCAAUGCUCAAUUUAUUCGAAAUUAUCAAGUCAAACCUUGAUAAUGAUAUCUACAAACAAAUAAUACGUUGACUAGUAAUGAAAUUGAUAAAAUACAUGAAAAUUAUAUAGAAUUCCAAAAAGAAAUACCAUAAAAUUCAAAUGUUUUAAACUAGAGGAAAUAAAGCAAGGAAACUACUUUACAAUGAAGUACAAGAAUUAUGUGGAUCGACCAAGAAGUAAGAAACGGAAACAUUUUCAAAUAUUUUGUGUUGAGAAUUCUAUACUGUACCAAAAAACAUAAUAUUGAAUAAAGCUAAUAAUAAA